UCAGUCUCUCGCGGCCCGGGAGCUCAGCAGAGUUACCAGCUGCCCUCUUGGUUUCGCUGGUCGGAUUGUCCUCCUGGCCCCGCCAAACAGGCGGGGGGAGCGGCCCCGACUGUGGGGCCAUGGCAGUGGUCUCCUCGUUCUCCGCCGCCACUGGCCCAGCUGAGUCGCCGGCUUCUGCGCUAGGGGCUCCCACCGCCUCCGCAGGCUAAGGAGCCGCUGCCACCAACGAGCUGUGAGGGUUACUAUGCUCCCUCUUUGCCGGCGUCUCCUCCUCUCGCCCGCGCACGCACCCCUCUGGCUGCUCAGUCCUGCCUCAGAUGAUUAACUUAACUCCUACAACUCUCAUAGUGGAAAAAUACUGAGCUAAGUAAUAAUGAAAUGGAAGAAGUUUGAGCUUUGGUGCUGGAUAGAACUUGGCUCCAGUUUUGGUUCUACUAGCUCUGUGUCCUUAGUGUCAAACCAGAAGAGAAGUACAAUUCAACAAAAAUUUAUGUGUGGAGUUCCUUCUUAAAAGAAGAAAAAAGUGAUUAUUGAGACUAUGGAUCGGAGCAAACGGAAUUCAAUUGCAGGUUUUCCUCCACGUGUGGAGCGUCUUGAAGAGUUUGAAGGAGGUGGUGGAGGAGAUGGAAAUGUGAGCCAGGUGGGAAGAGUUUGGCCAUCUUCGUAUCGAGCUCUUAUAAGUGCCUUUUCCAGACUGACGCGUUUGGAUGAUUUCACCUGUGAAAAAAUAGGGUCUGGCUUCUUCUCUGAAGUGUUCAAGGUACGACACCGAGCUUCUGGUCAGGUGAUGGCUCUUAAGAUGAACACGUUGAGCAGUAACCGGGCAAACAUGCUGAAAGAAGUACAGCUCAUGAAUAGACUCUCCCAUCCCAACAUCCUUAGGUUCAUGGGUGUGUGUGUUCAUCAAGGACAACUGCAUGCACUUACAGAGUAUAUCAACUCCGGGAACCUGGAACAGUUGCUAGACAGUAACCUGCAUUUGCCUUGGACUGUGAGGGUAAAACUGGCCUAUGACAUAGCAGUGGGCCUCAGCUACCUUCACUUCAAAGGCAUUUUUCAUCGGGACCUCACAUCUAAGAACUGCCUGAUAAAGAGGGAUGAGAAUGGUUACUCUGCAGUGGUAGCUGACUUUGGCCUGGCUGAGAAGAUCCCCGAUGUCAGCAUGGGGAGUGAGAAGUUGGCCGUGGUGGGUUCCCCAUUCUGGAUGGCACCUGAGGUUCUCCGAGAUGAGCCCUAUAACGAAAAGGCAGAUGUGUUCUCUUAUGGUAUCAUCCUCUGCGAGAUCAUCGCCCGCAUCCAGGCCGAUCCGGACUAUCUUCCCCGCACAGAGAAUUUCGGGCUGGACUAUGAUGCCUUCCAGCACAUGGUAGGAGACUGUCCUCCAGACUUUCUGCAGCUUACCUUCAACUGCUGUAAUAUGGACCCCAAACUGCGCCCAUCUUUUGUGGAGAUUGGGAAGACCCUGCAGGAAAUUCUGAGCCGCCUACAGGAAGAAGAGCAGGAGAGGGAUAGGAAGCUGCAGCCCACAGCCAAGGGACUCUUGGAGAAAGCACCUGGGGUGAAGCGACUAAGCUCACUGGAUGACAAGAUCCCCCACAAAUCACCAUGCCCAAGACGUACCAUCUGGCUGUCUCGAAGCCAGUCAGACAUCUUUUCCCGUAAGCCCUCACGUACAGUGAGCGUCUUGGACCCAUACUACCAGCCACGAGAUGGUGCUGCCCGCACCCCCAAAGUCAACCCUUUUAGUGCUCGCCAGGACCUCAAGGGAGGCAAGAUCAAGUUUUUUGACCUGCCCAGCAAGUCUGUCAUCUCUCUGGUAUUUGACCUGGAUGCACCAGGGCCUGGAACUAUGCCCCUGGCUGACUGGCAGGAGCCCCUGGCCCCACCUAUUCGCCGGUGGCGUUCCUUGCCUGGUUCGCCUGAGUUCUUGCAUCAGGAGGCUUGUCCAUUUGUGGGCCGGGAAGAAUCGCUAUCUGAUGGGCCCCCACCACGCCUAAGUAGUCUCAAGUACAGAGUUAAAGAGAUCCCACCAUUCCGGGCAUCUGCCCUACCAGCUGCUCAAGCCCAUGAGGCUAUGGACUGCUCCAGUCUCCAGGAAGAAAACGGUUUUGGGUCCAGGCCCCAGGGGACCAGUCCAUGCCCUGUGGGUGCUUCUGAGGAGAUGGAGGUAGAAGAAGAAAGGCCAGCAGGCUCAACUCCAGUCACCUUUUCCACCUCAGGCAUAGGCCUGCAAACCCAGGGAAAGCAGGAUGGGUGAGGGGGGUUAGUCCCUGCCUCACCUUGGGGAUGGACCUUCAGCUGAAACCAUAUGGCCCCCUAGGUGCACAGCCUUGAUUCUUCCCUGGAGCCUACAGAGUAGGCAGGCUAGGCCAACCCAGGCUCAACUUCUGGGCUCCCGGUGCCCAUUGGCUGUGUAUGAUAGGGGAGGCAGGAGUGAGAGGCCUUCCUAGUUAGGGCCAACAGCUGAUACCAAGCCUCCGAAAUCUGGCAAAGAGGUCUGCCUCUCACUGGACCCCCUCCAGUGCACUUCCCCAGACAGGACCAGAGGAUGUCUAGUUCUAGGCUGAGCUGGCAGGCAGCUAUUACCCCGGUUCUUUCCCCACCCCAGGUCUGUCUCUUGCCCUUUCUUGGGGCAUGUAAGCUACUGAGUGGAACAUGGAGCUGACUAAGAGGGCAUAAUGGGCAUGGCUGUUUCCCAGACCUGAAGAUUGGGGUGCUUCUUGCCAGUAUUCUAAGACACUUGAGUAAUUGCUGUUUGCACUUACUGCAUGGUCAGACCACGUCACUACGUUUCUAUGCAAGGGGAGAGCAAGGCAGUGUUGUGGUCAUGGCUCUUAGCUAACCUAUUCAAAGACCUUUUUCCCAUUGAUUAAUCUAUUUUCAUAUUUAUAAAGGAAUCUUAAUGUUCUGCCCCAUAAGACUUUCAACCUUGUGGUUGGGAGUGGGGCUGGUUUUGUAGGCCCUAGGGCCUGCUUCUAUGUAUUUGUCAACAUGUGAUACAUUCAGUUGAUUAAAUGGUUUAUACAUGGACUGAUUUUCUUCCCUUCCUGCCAUGGCUGGAACUUUGGGAACAGUCUGUCCUUACAGAGCUGCAAUAAGAAAUAACCAAAGAUGAAGCUGGUCAAAUAUUUUCAUAACUUGCUUCUGUUGAUUUUUUUUGUAAAACUUUCCCAAGACAUUUUCAGACUUAAAAAUAAAGUCGGUGUUACAGGUG